UUGUGUCGAAGUAAAGUCGCAAGAGAUAUAUUGGAAGAAAAAAAUGGCCACCUUUGCGAUCGGUGAAAUACCAAACUAUUUCAAUACGGAGUUUUUCAAACGCGCACUAGAAAAUGGCCUUCGUAUGGGCGAUCUGAAAAUACAAGGUAUAUCCAUUGAGAAUUUGACCAUUGGUGGUGAAAAUUACUGUAGCAAUAUAUAUCGUGCGAAUAUCAAAUAUAAAACCAGCGAAGAUCAGUAUAAUGAACAGACGAUAAUAAUUAAGAAUAUGCCGAAACAGAAACAGAGUGUGCUCAGUCGUUUGAAUAUUUAUCGCAAAGAGACUAUUUUCUAUUUGGAUAUAAAACCAAAAAUGGAAGCGCUCAUGUGGUAUUUAGGCGAACCGUGGAAUCUGGCGGCAAGGCACUUUCAUUCCACAACCGAACCAGAACAGAAUAUCAUGUUUGAGGAUUUGAGUAUGUUGGGAUUCACAUUGGAGAGUCGUCAAGUUGGUUUGGAUUUGGCGCAUGCGCAAAUCGUUAUGAAGAAAUUAGGUGAAUAUCAUGCGCUUACGAUGAUGAUGGCUGAGCGGACGCCUGAAAUAAUUAUCGAUCACUUCCCCUUUGGACUGCUGAACACAGACUCCAUUAAGAAGGAAGCUUUCAGGGCUUUAUUUGGCGCACAACUCUUAAAGCUCGCCACGCUCAUUGCCGAAUAUCCCAAAAUGGAGAAGAUUUCAAAAAAAUUACUAAAAUACUACGAUCAUUUUACAGAGCGCGUUCUCGACUCUGUCUAUCCGCUGAGGGGUGCAGUGAAUGUCUUAAAUCAUGGUGAUUUGUGGGUCAAUAAUAUGUUCUUCAAAUAUGACAGCAACUCAAAGAAAUUUAAGACACCAAGCGAAGUGCGUUUUAUUGACUUUCAAUUAUGUUACUAUGGCAGCAUUGGCUUCGAUAUUAACUACUUUUUAAACACCAGCAUUCAAUUGGAUGUGCUAAAACAUCAACGUGAAAGUUUAAUCGAAGGCUAUUAUGCAAGUCUACUACACACCCUCAAAGCUCUGCCAUACACAGCACCCCAGCCCACAUUCGCUGAUGUGUUGCGUGAGAUUGCACAACGUGAAGCUUUCGGCUUUUUCGUUUCAUUUGGAUUUUUCCCACUUAUGUCUAUGUUUACUAUGGACUCGCAGGAUAACUCACUGGAAAAAUUCUAUGACGAAGAAUUCGCGCGUCACAAAAUCGAAUUAAUGUUUCAGAGUAAUCCACGUACCAUGGAAGCAUUGUGUUAUUCACUACAGCGUUUCGAUGAGUUAAGAGUGUUGGAUUAGAGAUUCAUUUAUGCCAAAUUUUUUUUAUUUAGUUUUUUUUUAAUCCAAUGCGCACUAUCGAGGUUUGUACUUUUCAGAACGAUUGUCACUUCAACUCUUUGGUUUGUGGUGACUGCCUUACUGCAGCUAUGUUAAUCAGCAUGACAUCACUUAAGUAAAUUAAUUAUGAAGUAAAUAUGUUAUAGUGUAAUUAUGUAUGUAUAUCAAUGUUUUCAUUAAACG